AGCGGCCAUUUUGUCUUAUCGGCUCCUUUUUAGAGGAGGCUUUUUCGGCCCGCGAGCCGGCCGAAGAGGUUGGCGACGGUGUCGCCGGUGUUUUCUUCGGCAGGUGCCAGGGCUGGUGGGAGUAGCCGCCCGAGAGAAGCACCAUGAUUUCGGCCGCGCAAUUGUUGGAUGAGUUAAUGGGCCGGGACCGAAACCUCGCCCCGGAUGAGAAGCGCAGCAACGUGCGGUGGGACCACGAGAGCGUUUGUAAAUAUUAUCUGUGUGGUUUUUGUCCUGCGGAAUUGUUCACAAACACUCGUUCAGAUCUUGGUCCAUGUGAAAAAAUUCAUGAUGAAAAUCUACGAAAACAGUAUGAGAAGAGUUCUCGUUUCAUGAAAGUUGGCUACGAGAGAGAUUUUCUGAGAUACUUGCAGAGCUUACUUGCAGAAGUGGAACGUAGAAUUAGACGAGGCCAUGCUCGUUUGGCAUUAUCUCAAAACCAGCAGUCCUCUGGGGCAGCUGGCCCAACAGGAAAAAAUGAAGAAAAAAUUCAGGUUCUAACAGAUAAAAUUGAUGUACUCCUGCAACAGAUUGAAGAAUUAGGAUCUGAAGGAAAAGUAGAAGAAGCCCAGGGAAUGAUGAAAUUAGUCGAACAGUUAAAAGAAGAGAGAGAAUUGCUUAGGUCCACAACAUCGACCAUUGAAAGUUUUGCUGCCCAAGAAAAACAAAUGGAAGUUUGUGAAGUGUGUGGAGCUUUUUUGAUAGUAGGAGAUGCCCAGUCCCGGGUAGAUGACCACUUAAUGGGAAAACAGCACAUGGGCUAUGCCAAAAUUAAAGCUACUGUAGAAGAAUUAAAAGAAAAAUUAAGAAAAAGAACUGAAGAACCUGAUCGUGAUGAGCGUUUAAAGAAGGAGAAGCAGGAACGGGAAGAAAGAGAAAAAGAGCGGGAGAGAGAAAGGGAAGAAAGAGAAAGGAAAAGACGAAGAGAGGAGGAAGAAAGAGAAAAGGAAAGGGCUCGCGACAGGGAGAGAAGAAAGAGAAGUCGUUCACGAAGUCGACACUCAAGCCGGACUUCUGACCGAAGAUGCAGCAGGUCUCGGGACCACAAAAGAUCACGAAGUAGAGAAAGAAGGCGAAGCAGAAGUAGAGAUCGCCGAAGAAGCAGAAGCCAUGAUAGAUCAGAAAGAAAGCAUAGAUCUCGUAGUCGGGAUCGAAGAAGAUCAAAAAGCCGGGAUCGAAAGUCAUAUAAGCACAGGAGCAAAAGUCGGGACAGAGAACAAGACAGAAAAUCCAAGGAGAAAGGGCAGAAGAUAAGAUUAUUGGACUGACUACUAGUCCUCUACGGGGCAACAAGACGACUCUUCCUCAUUGAAGCCACCUGUGCACCGGAGAAGCCCAUAAGGCACAAAGGGAGGACUUUCCCACCAGGUCAGUUAGAGCACACUGUACUGGCCCAGUUCUCAUGAGUGGACAGACAGAUGUGAAGCAAGUCCUGCAGUCAGCCACUUGGGCGUUGCUUUGUGCAUUCUGCAAGUGUUAUGAGCUGAAGAUGCUCCGUCACAUGAGAUCUUCAGUUCUUUGAAUGAGUGCUCCCGGACAAUGUUUUGUUUUCAUUACCAGUCCUCUCCCAGUUAUUAGUGUUAUGUCUUAACACCUUUACCCAGAUUCUGGAGAGGAUUCUGCUUCUCUUAAAAUGUCUGUCUUAUGAACUGCUCUGCUAGACCAGCUAUUUUUAAUUUAGUUGUAAGGAGAAAAAGGUAAUUUUUCCAGAAAGUGUAGUUUAACAUUUUCUGUGGAAAUCUUUUGUUAGCAAUACUUGGAACUAGAAAGGCUAGCGUAUACUUGUUCUGUGUACCACUUUUUAUCUCUAGUCUGAGCCUUCAGCAUUCCAGGGAAAACAGUAAAAGAAAAACGUCAAGCUUCACUUUUUUCAUUCUGUAUUUGUAGCUGAGUUGAACUUUAAUUUCUCCUUUUGGAAAAACAACUCUGAAAUGGCCUAUGUAUUACUUAGUGAAGCAUAAAAGUUCAGUACUCCGAUUGGGAUUUAAGAUCCACUUUCUUUCAUUGGGCUGGUCCCUCUUGGGCAUUCAAAUAUAUAGAUACAUAAGUAAUCUUUUGCAUUUAAAAAGAUAGUUGGAGAAACGUGCCUAUUAAAGGGUCAACUUUUUUUCACCUUUUGCAGUAACUAUUUUUAUCUUUUUAACUUAAUAAAUUUACUUCAUGUGAACACAGCUUCUGUGUACUGUCUUUCAUAUCUUUCCCAUUGCUUUUGGAUUUUUUUUUUACCCCAAAUAAAAUUUACUUAAAAUUUUAGAUUCUGCAGUGAUUUGGAGUUGCCUGUACUUCAGUUUCUUACUGGUUUGAGAGAAUUUGCCCACUCUUUUACCUUUUUCUUUCUCCGAUUCCCCGCUCCUCCAUAAUUAGAGAUUUGUACCUCUUUAAUAGAUUAACCAAACUGUUACUUGCAGUCUGUGGGAAAUUAUUGUCUUUUUCUCUCUUCAUUAUUUCACUUUUCAAAGUAUUAUGCAUGUUUGUAUUUUACUUUAAAAUCCAUGAUCAAUGUCUUCUUUUAUGGCAGAAAAGAAGGGAUCUGAUGA